AUGCUCAGCAGCCCGCAUGAAGUGGAGGCGGGUUCGCCUUCUUUCAAAACUGUUAGGUUGGAGAUCGCGGCGCGUGUUGGUCUUUUACGCGACGGUCCCUUCUCCACUCCUUCGAGCCGCAAACCGCAGGUGGGACGCUUCAUACUAGUCUGCGUCGAAGCAUCGGCUAUGGCCUCGGCCAGUACUGAUCCGCAGGCAGCGGGCUCAGCCAUCCGUGCAAUCCCGACCUCGGACGUGCACAGGAUCACAAGUGGUCAGGUCGUCCUGGACUUGCAGACGGCUGUCAAGGAACUCGUCGAGAACGCACUCGACGCCUCGGCCUCCAACAUCGCCAUCAACUUUCGCGACUAUGGCGCAGACUCGUUCGAGGUCGUCGACAAUGGCUCCGGCAUCGACCCGUCCAACUACGCCUCGGUCGCGCUCAAGCACUACACGAGCAAGCUGGCAUCAUUCUCGGACCUUGCGCACGUGCGCACUUUCGGCUUCCGAGGCGAGGCGCUCUCAUCGCUUUGCGCACUGGCAAGCGUCACCAUUCAUACUGCCACCUCACAGCAGGCGCCCAUGGGCGCGGUGCUCCGCCUCGACCGAUCCGGCCGCGUAGCAGACGACUCGGGUCGCGCAGCGAGGCAGAGAGGAACCACAAUCACCAUCGAAGAUCUCUUCAAGUCGCUUCCUGUCCGCCGGAAGGAGUUUGAGAAGAAUCUCAAGAGAGAGUACGCCAAGACGCAGAACCUGCUGCAGGCGUACGCCCUCAUCACGAAGGGUGUCCGUUGGACCACCACCAACCAGCCGUCAGGAGGACGCAAGACGCCGCAAUUCAGCGUCAACUCGUCCAGCGCCGACAACUACCUCGCUGCCAAUGUGUCUGCGCUCUUUGGAGCCAAGGUGGCUCCGACACUGAUGCCCCUCAGCCUCGAGCUUACCUUCUCCACUGCUCGCAAAGGCCUCAGUGCCGCACAGAAACGAGGUGAGCAGGACGAUGACGAAGGCGACGAGGAAGAGACCGCGAACGAUGCGUCAACUGUCACUGUGGUUGGCCUCAUCAGCAAGCCCGUGUACGGCUCAGGCCGCACCUCGUCUGACCGUCAGUUCUUUUACAUCAACGGACGACCGUGGGAAGCGGGUCGCGUCAGCCGCGCGUUCAACGAGGUGUACAAGUCGUUCAACUCGAACCACUUUCCCUUCAUCAUCGCGGACUUUCGACUUCCGACCGACUCGUACGACGUCAACGUCAGUCCCGACAAGCGCACCAUCUUCCUGCACGAGGAGAGCCGGCUUAUCGAGAAGCUCAAGCAGGCGCUCGAGGAGCUUUUUGCGCCCAGCAGAGCCACCUUUCUCGUGAAUGGAGCCAGUCAUUCCCUGCGCAGUGGCGGAAGCAGCGCCGCCACACAAGCGAAACUCGGCCACUACAGCAGGACAGUCGCGGCAGUUCCGACGCAGGCGGUCGAUGGGGAUCGGAGCGAGGAGGAAGAAGACGAACUCGUGCCAUCUCAAAGAUCGAUAGCCUCGGUGCAAGAUCUCGAGUAUCGCGAAGACAUCGGGAUCGCAUCCGACUCGGCUGCUCCGAUUGAGGCUUCCGCGGCUGUGGAGGCGGACGAAAGCGAGCCCGAGGCUCCUCUGCCGCACGCGCCGGAAGCUCACGCACUUCUCUCAAUGGGAGAAAAGCGCAAAGACCCGACAACGACAGAGCCGCCAAUGAAGAGACAGCGCAACAGCCAGUCGUCGCCGGAACCAGAGAUAGAGGAGGCCUUGUCUGCGGUCGACUCAUCGCGCAGAACAAGCAAGGAAAUCCGGAGGAACUUGCGCGAUUUUGCGCUUGCCGGCAGCCAGGACGAUGCGCUCUCACCCAUGCCCAGUGCAGCCGAAAUGCACAGCGAGCAGGACGAGGCCGAAAGCAUGGACGACGACGAUCUGACAGUGGGCGCCCUUCACGAGGAGGCGAGCGAUGUUCCGUCGCCGGAACACUCGCACGCCUUUGUCUUGCCACCCAGCCAGCCUGUUCUCGCCGAAGCUGGCGCGGAUACGAACGAGGUCGAGGGCGGAGAGACUGUUUCUGUCGACUUGGCCCGUCUAAGGCCUCGCGCACGCCAAUGGCGCGAGCACAAGAGAGCAUCAACUCUGCCAGCCCGUACAACGACACUGUCGGGGGAAGAGCAGCUGCUGCAAGGCGCUGGAGUCGAGAACGCAGACGAGGAGCAGGUGGAACGCACGCUCUCGCGCGUGAUCCACAAGCAAGACUUUGCGUCUAUGGACGUGAUUGGCCAAUUCAACCUCGGGUUCAUCAUUGCACGUCGACGCACAAACGCGGUCGGCAGUGCAGACGAGAUGGACGACCUCUUUAUCGUCGACCAGCACGCUUCGGACGAGAAGUACAAUUUCGAGACGUUGCAGCUGACGACGCAGAUCCGGUCGCAGAAACUCAUCUGCCCCCGCGCGCUAGAGCUGUCUGCAUCCGACGAGCUCGUGGCCAUCGAACACCAAUCCACGCUCCUCGCGAAUGGGUUCGAAAUCGCUGUCUCCGAAUCAGGGCUACCCGGAACGAGGAUAAAGCUCGUCGCACAACCAAUCAGCAAGACGACCGUUUUCGGCGUCAAGGAUUUGGAAGAAUUGCUGUAUCUGCUACGAGACAUGUCUGCAGGAACCGAGGCAACGCGAGCGGUAAGGUGCAGUAAGGCGAGGAGCAUGUUCGCCAGCAGGGCGUGCAGGAAGUCGGUCAUGAUCGGAACUGCGCUCAAUAAGGCACGCAUGGGUUCGAUUCUCGCCAAUAUGGGCACAAUCGAGCAGCCCUGGAACUGCCCACAUGGCAGACCGACGAUGCGACACUUGGCAUGCCUCCAAACACUCGCCGACAUGAAACCCCAAGCCUGCAAGGACGACGAGCCGGACUGGACCGAGAUCCAGGGAAGCUUUGAAUGA